AUGAGUCUCCUAAAAUUCCUACCUCUCCUUCUCCUCACUCUCCUCCCCCCAUCCAAAGCCAACCUCACCUCCUUCCCCAGACCACAGCCCCGCUUACUCCAAGUAAAAUCCCUUGAACAACACUGGGAACCUACCAUACUGAAUGGUAGAAGGGAAAAAGUGGAAAGAUGCCAGAAAGACGGAGUCUGGUAUGAUGGAAUAGAGAAUGAAGUCGUUGUGAAGAGAGAGAGGAAAGAGUACCCCAGAGCUUGUUUUUAUGAGUUAGAUAGGGAAGGAACUGAGCAUGUAUUGAUAAGUUAUUCAUCUUUAAGUUUUGCUGAAUUGUUUCUGGUAAGAUGCAGGAAGAGAUGAGAUUUGUCUGAGAUAAAUGCUUUUGAUGAAUCUGAAAAUAUGAACAUUUCCAAGCUAUCUGUCAACAUCUCAGAUGAUGAUUCAGUCAGAGCAAAGCUUCCUCAUGAUAUUUUAGUCAGUAAGAAUAAUUCAAAAAAUGAUACAUCAAAUUCAGGAAGAUCUUUAGAAAAGCCCAGUAAACCAAAUUUUCAAGAAAAGGAAGCAAACAAAAGACUCUUGAGAGUAUUCUUCUGUAAUCUCAUCGGAUGUGUGAUUUUUAUCAUCCUCUUCAGUGUUUGCUGAUUCUACAUAAAACAAAAAUGAUUUUCUCGCUCUCUUUCUUUAAAGGUCCAAAUUGAGACAAUACCUAUUUCUUCUUUGAACAACAUCGGUGCUAAGAUCUCUUUACAAGAAACUUCUUCUGCAGAAGCACCUGUAGACACCGACUUAGAAGGCCCUCAGCUACUUGUAGAAAGAUGCAGAAGAUACUCUAAGAACUCAAAUCCUUUCGCUCUUUCCUUCCAGCCAACUUCAGUUACUAAGCCUGCUGUUUUACGCCUGAACAACACGAAAAGGUAUCUAAAGGCAAACUCCAAGAACAGCUCUACAAAUUUGUUGAGGAAGAAAGACACUCUGCCACACUAAUUUUUCAAAAAGAUUCAAUAA